UGAGAUUGAGCGUUGCGUUGCGUAUUUAAAAUCUGUUAAGCACGUUUAACACUUGCUAUAAAAAAAACAUCCCAAUUUAUUGCCUGUGUGACAUUCCUUUUAUUAUUUGAUUUUUUAUCUGCAGGUGGCGACUAGGGCCAAUGCCGACGUUGCGACAGCAUUUUGAACAAGAAGAUGGCACAAAGGUUUCCAGUCUCUAAUUCAGAGAUUACUGACAACAUAAAAAAAGGCAAAGAUAAGAUCAUCCAGGUUUAUGACAUGCUUCCUAAUUUCUGUCUGAACGAAGAGAUUCCUGGCUUAUUGGAUGGACUUCGAAAUGCAAUGAAAGAUUAUAUUAUGCUUGAUAUGAGGCAUCAAGAUCUCAAAACAAGCAAACAGAAAGUAAUUCAGUUAUGCACAGAGAAGGCUGAAAGAGAAAUCUGUGAUGGCAGGAAGUGUUCAACAUCACAUGAAGAAAUAAAUCAAUUGUUAAAAAAUACCAUGUCAAAAGAACUAGAAAAACAUCCGGAAGGUUUCUUGGAAAGAGAUCCUUUAUAUGUCACCAUGAAGGACUUCAAUGAGACUGAAACCAGUAAUAUAGAAGACCAAGAAAUGGAUAAUGAGGAUGGAUUAGCGGUUACAGGAGAAACCAUUCAGACAAUAGAUCCCUAUUCUAAAAAGGAAUUUUCUGAACCUGUGAAGAAUUCAAGAUGUAAACAUUCCUAUGAAAAGGAGAUCAUUCAAAGUUUGAUGGCUGCAAACAAAAAUACAAAAUGUUAUUGGAUGGGGUGCAAUAACCGUGUGCCGAUUAGAGCCGAUGAUCUUGUUCCGGACGACGAACUCAAACGUCAUAUUACCCGUAUGAAAGCUAGAGCUGCUAUAUAAUCUUACAUUGUCGUUGGGAUUCCUUUGAAUCGACCCCAGAUCAAAUGAAAUAUCCUGUUUUGUAUAUGUACAUCACAUUUUUUUUUUUCGAAAUAAGAUACUUGAAUAGGUCAUCCUGAGUCAAUAAACGAAUCGUGAUAAUUUAUAGAAAUACAAAUUAAUCACUGGUUUCGCCACGGCCUUUUCAGUGUCUUCUAUCUUUUUUCCUAAAUUACUAUGUCAGGGAACUUUCAUUGUACAACAACAAACUAUUACACUAAAUGAAAAAUACAUGUUAUGAAAAUUUA